AUGAUUGGCGACAACAACUUUGGAGGCAGCUUCCCUGAGAGCAUUGCCAACUUGUCAACCAGCAUGAAGUAUCUAAACAUGAGCGGCACCAGAAUCUCAGGAAGCAUUCCACAUGGGAUACACAACCUCGUCAACCUGCAGAUGUUCGAGGCAACUCAUAAUCAUCUCUCAGGUACAAUCCCAUCCGACAUCGGAGACAUACAAGCUCUGGAGAGCUUGGAUUUGAGUCACAACAGUAUUUCAGGAUCUGUUCCAUCGUCUAUUGGAAACUUGACUAGAUUGAUAUACCUGAGUCUAGCUGCUAACCGCCUACAGGAAGGAAUCCCUGUCUCCAUUGGGAACUGUCAAAAUCUAAUAGCUUUGGACCUGUCUGACAACAAUCUCAGUGGUGCCAUUCCUGAACAAGUCAUGGGCAUUGCCUCUCUGGCACGAGCCUUGAACUUGUCUCAUAAUCGUUUCUCGGGUGCUCUUUCUGCAGAAGUGGGAAACCUGAAAAACUUGGGUACAUUGGAUCUGUCUCACAACAUGCUGUCAGGAACUAUUCCUAGUAGUCUUGGGAGUUGUAUCAGAUUGGAGUUAGUGAACUUACAACGCAAUCUCUUGCGAGGAGUCAUUCCUUCUUCUCUAAGUUCAUUGAGAGGCAUGGAACGCUUUGAUGUCUCAACCAACAAUUUAUCUGGUAAAAUUCCAGAAUUUUUUCAGGACAUGAAAUAUCUGGAGCUGUUGAACUUGUCGUAUAACAAUUUCGAGGGCGAAGUGCCUCAAGGGGGAGUCUUGAAAAAUGGAAGCAUCAUUUCCAUCAAGGGAAAUGGCAGGCUUUGUGGAGGUAUUGCAGGACUCCAGCUUCCACCUUGUAGAUUCUCCUAUCCGAAGAAGAAACUGAGCCUUAAGUGGAAGAUUAUUAUAUCAGUAAUAUCUGUUCUACUGUUUCUAACCUUUAUGGAUUCUUGCUUGUUUAUCUUCUGGAUUAAAAAGAGAGGAAAACCAGAUACAGUUUCAGCAGGUGAUGUGGAAAUGCAACUAUCUUACCAAAAGCUCUUCAGAGCUACAGAUGGUUUUUCCACAUCAGCUCUGAUAGGUUUGGGAAGCUUUGGUUCUGUGUAUAAAGGAGUUCUCGAGAAUGGAUCCAUUGUUGCUGUGAAGGUAUUCAACCUCCAGCGUCGUGGAGGUUCUAAGAGCUUCAUGGCAGAAUGUCUAGCCUUGAAGAACAUCAGGCAUAGAAAUCUUGUGAGGAUCAUAACAGUGUGUUCAGGAGCUGAUCAUCAAGGGAAUGAUUUUAAAGCUCUCAUCUAUGAGUUCAUGAGUAAUGGAAGUCUGGAAGAUUGGUUGCAUCCAGUGGAAAGUACUGUUGAUGAAACUCCAAGGUGCUUGCACUUCCACCAGAGGCUAAAUAUUGCGAUUGACAUAGCCUGUGCACUGGACUAUCUUCACCAUGAAUAUGAAUGUGGAACACCCAUUGUUCAUUGUGAUCUCAAGCCCAACAAUAUCCUACUUGAUGAGGAAAAGAUAGGUCAUGUUGCUGAUUUUGGGUUAGCAAGAUUUCUUUCAGUCAACAAUCCUUCUGCAAGAGGUGAGAUAUCAAGUUCUAUUGGCAUAAAGGGAACGAUUGGCUAUGCCCCUCCAGAAUAUGGCAUGGGAAACGAAGUCUCGACACAAGGUGAUGUGUACAGUUACGGGAUCCUCCUGCUUGAACUGUUCACUGGAAGAAGACCAACGGAUGAGAUUUUCGGAGAUGGUUUGCGCCUUCAAACCCUUGUAAAAAAUGCUUUAUCUCAACACCAGCUCCUCACUGAAGUUGUGGAUCCAACUCUGCUCAACGAAUUACUUAUCGACCAAACAUUAGAGGGGACUCUGAUCUCGGUUCUCGAUACAGGUGUUGCUUGUUCGUCUGACGUCCCACAAGAGAGACCUGGUAUCAAUCAGGUUUUAGCUAGUCUCAAGAAGCUAGUCACUUGAUUGAACUAGCUCAUAGCCAAAAGGAAGGUGACUAAUAUUGACUUGGUA